CACCGAUUGAAGAUACUGUGGAUUUCUGCUACGCUCUUGCAUCCAACAAUGAUGACAAUGCAUGUCCAAUCACACGACUUGUAACAUUUGCAAUUUAUGUGUUCCUAGUCUAUGCUCCCGUCGUCAUCCCUCUGAAAGCACCAGCAACUUUUUCUUACCUCAGCUUCCCUGCUUGACGCCAACAAUUCCCGCUCCUACCCAACCCAGGGAGACCCAGCUCAUACGGACGGGACCGAAGUUUCGACCAAAGUUACGUGGGCAACAUAAAACGAAGAGAACCUCGUAACGCCUACGCCCCGCAUAACAACAUAUAUCAAGCUUCUCAUCGGCUAGGACAACACAAGAAACUCAUCAACUCGACACUCAACCUCAUUCCUCCAAGCAACAACCCUCAACCCCCCCACCCUCGCCAUGGCCAGCUCCUCUUCCGCCUCCGGCUCCGACUCCUACAACACCACGAACAACCUCCUCUUUCCCCCACCUCCGCCCUCCGUCGUCAUCACCGCCCCCCAAACCCUCCCCGACGCCUCUCUCGAGCCAUCCUCAAUCCAAUCCAUCAUCGCCAGCCUCUCCCUUACCGCCUUCGUCGAAGGCGGCUACAUGGCCGAAACCGAUCGGAACCCGCUCAAGAUACCCUCUCCUUUUCCUCUGUAUCCUGCCACCACCUUUUCUUGCUCCGAUCCUAACCGGGGUUCUUCAACGGAUAAUUUUGAUCCAAGCUCCUACUACCGCCCUGGUUUUGACCCAAAGCUGAGGAAUGCUUCAACAACCAUUUACUACCUCCUAACUGGAGCCAAUGGUGGGGGUGGUGGAUCGCCAAAGGGAUACCUACACCGGAACAGGGGACGGAUCAUUCACACGCUGCAUCGCGGAAGGGGCAGGUACGUGAUCUUGCACGCGGAUGAAAAGCCGUGUAGGGUGGAAAGUUUUGUGGUGGGGAAGAAUGUGGAAAAGGGUGAGAGGGUGCAGUGGAUAGUGGAGGGGGGAAAGUAUAAGGGGACUUUUGUUUUGCCUCUAGAGGAUGAUGAGGAUGGAGGCAAAGGGGAUGGGGACGAGGAGAUGGUUUUUAUUUCGGAGACGACGGUGCCGGGAUGGGAGGUCUUUGAUCAUGAUUUUUUGGAUCGAAAGGGGUUGGAGAUGUUGAUGGAGGGGGAUGAGGAGAAGAUUAGGCAGCUGGAGUGGCUGGUUAAGGAGAAGCAGUGAGGAGUGCGGGAUGAGUUUUGGGCAAAGAUGGGGAGAGUGUUGGGUGGGCAAACAGACUUUUGGAUAAUUGAAGUUGGAAGAGAGACGUCUUCGUCUCAGAGUCACUUGUGUUGAAGCAACAGGAAUUGAUGGAUGGUAGCGGUAAACAAAUCCAUUUGGAGACCUUUC